UCGCAAGGUUGCGAGAACACUUUUGGGGGCUUACAAAGCAAUAGAACAAUCACCAGGGGAAGCCGAGGUGAAUUCCAGCCACCGAAACAGGGAAUCAGUUGCAUCCACUGGAUCCGGUGUCCGUGAUGUAUUGCUGUGGAGCCGGCAGAAGUUGACAGUGCUACGGGCCUCUACGCAUCAAAGAGCAGCAGAGAGGUCUGCACAGGAGCGAAGUGGAGCCCUUCUGAGUUGGGGGGAUAGUGGCAGCAGGGGAAUCUGGAAGCAUUGUGUCGGAGGGGUUGACGGAGCAGCAUUUCUUUUAGUCGAGGAGGGAAGCGUUGUGUCCAGGGAGAGCGAGCGGGGGGGUCGUAGGAACAGCAGCAUUUUCCUUUUUUUACGGAGGAAGUGAUGCGGGGCCCCGCCGCGUGCUGCCGCUACCCCCGUAGUACGCUUCCCCUCUUCCUCUAGCAGGAUGCAACGCGGUGACGUGCCAACGACGAGACUGUCCUUGCUCCUAAUGUGUUUACGCACUGACGAGAUUACGGGGAAACAGCUUGCCGGGGGCAGGCAGCUGCUGUUUCCUGCCGCCACCAUUCGCGGCAGCGGCAACCUGGGGGACGCCAUGCCAUGGGGGAGAAGCUGGCCCCGGGCCCGGCUCAGCUCCACGGUGACCGCCGCGGCCACCGCCACUGCCAAGGGACUGCCGAAGCCCAGGGACCCCAGCCUAUCCGAGAUGAGCGUGGAGCCCUGGGCUGACACUCAGGAGCAGGCCACCACCACCACCACCAGCGCAUCAGCAGACCAGGGUCCCCAGCCCGAGCUGCCCGACAAGCUUUGCCUCGACUCCUUCUGGAGCGAGGUGGAGACCAUCCGCAGCAGCAGCGGCUUCAGCGAGCCCAACCCUUACGCCGACAGACGAGACUCUAGGCAGUCUGAAGAAGGAGAGCAGGAGGAGCAGUGGCUGCAGGAUGCGGGUCUGGCCCCUCUGAUCCAGGAGGACAGCGAGGACGUGGACAAGGUGGUGCUGCUGUCCACUCUGACCCGCACGCAGGCCGCCGCCGUCCAGAAGCGCCUGGACUCCUACAGCUGCUCGCUACGCAAGAAGAACAAGCCCCCGCCCCGGGACGUCCGGGACAUCUUCACGCCACCGCCACCUCAGACGGCGCUGACGGACCGGCGUGACUCGGACCACGAGUCCAGAAGGAGCAUGGAGGCUCUCAGCAAAGCUCCUCUCUCAGAGAGGUCACAGAGCCUUGACUCCCAGAGCGCUGCGUCCAGGGAGGAGAUCUUCAUCACGGACGUGGCGUACUGCGAGCAGGCCGCCAUCCUGCUCAAGCAGGCCAAGAUGCCAGCGCACAGCGCCAGCCAACGCCGGAAAGAUGACGCCACGCUGCCCAGGGUGGUGUGUCCCCAGUGUCGGCUGGGCGUGACGCGUAUCCAGGACUUGUCCCAGCAGGAUAUGAAGAAGGUGCGGCAGCUGGCCCUCAUCGACAUGACGGCCCUCUGCGACCUGCUGGAGCUCGACGUCAAGCGGCCCAAGACCUGCAAGAGGAAGAUCCCAGAGAGCACAGUGUUUGGGGUGCCCCUUGCCACACUGGUGGAGAACGACCAGAAAAUCAAGGGCAACACGAGCAUCCCCCUGGUCCUCCAGUCGCUGUUGUCUUUCUUGGAGAAAAGGGGGAUCGACUCAGAAGGGAUCCUGCGGGUUUCAGGAUCACAAGUCAGAAUAAAGCUCCUGCAGCAGCAGCUGGAGAGCUCCUUCUACACGGGCAGCUUCAGCUGGGCUGAGGUGAGCCCCAACGACGCGGCGGCGCUCCUCAAGAAGUUCAUCCGGGAGCUGCCCUCACCACUGCUCACCACCGAACACCUUAACACCUUCAACGCCGUCAGAGACAUCCCUGACCUGAAACAGAGGCUCCAUAUGCUGAACCUGCUCAUACUGCUCCUGCCUGAGCCCAACAGGAACACACUCAAGGCUCUGCUGGAGUUCCUGAGUAAGGUGGUGUCUCGAGAGCGGCGUAACCGCAUGAACCUGUGGGCCGUGUCCACCAUCAUGGCCCCCAACCUCUUCCUGCACAAGUCGGUGCCCAGCCGGCUGGACGGCUCCGAGAAGGGCCAGGCGGAGCGCGCUGCCGACAUCAUGAGGCUGCUCAUACGCUACCAGGACCUGCUGUGGACGAUCCCAAAUUUCCUGAUGAGCCAGGUGCGCAAGCUGAAUGAGAACAGCAGCCGACGCUACCAGUUCUACGACAAGCGCAUCAAGAACCUGCUGAGGAAGAUCCACACGGACAGCAGGGACAAACCCGACAAGAACUCAGCAGAGCCGUGUCGUACGGUGAAGGUGGAGGUGGGCGAGGCCUCCUGCAGUAGUAUUGAGGUGCGGCUCACCGUCAGCUCCCGUGCAGCAGACCUGCUGGCCCUCUUCCUCCGAGACACACACACCUCGGACAACGGCAAGGGGCCGCACAGGAGGAACGGCUCGGCGCUCUACCGUGACUACGCCGUCUACGAAGUGGGAGGGAACAUCGGAGAGCACUGCCUGGACCCCGAGGCCCAUCUGCUGGACCUGCUGAACAGCAACCCCAGUGGGGAGUGGGUGAUCCGCCUCAAGCAGACGGCCAGCAGGGGGCCCUAAGAGGACGGGGACGCACGCCUCUACGCUCUCCUCUCCUCUCCUCUCCUCUCCUCUCCUCUACGCAGCCGGAGAUACAGCACUGGAGCCCAUCAACACCCAUGUACAUGUGUACUACUGCAUGUGUCUAUGCUGGGAGCUUGGACAGCGUUACCUACCCGGAGGCAAGGGGAGACAGAGGCGGACGUAAAGGCGCACACACUGACUCCUUUUUUUAUAUAUUAUUUUUUAUUAUUUGGAGAGUGAAAAAAAAAUGAUAUGGAGACCAAGCCCCUGACUGUUUCCUGUGUGAUUUUAUACAGACUUUUUGUUGUUCUUGAGAGAGAAAGAGGAAAAUACAGAAUGAGAGAACGCGAAGGAGAGAGAGAGGGAGGGAGAUGAUGGACCGAGCCCUAUUGCUGUAUUGCUUUCACUCUCUCUCUCUCUCUCUCUCAGCUCUUAUUCAGUCAUUCAUGGUUUCCUUUCUUCCUUCCCGGCUCCUCCGGCCCGUUGGAGAAACUGACAGCGUAUUGUCUGCUCUGGCCUCUCAUUGGCUGCUCGGCCUAAUCCUCCAGUCAGACUCUGUCUACGCACGAGGAGCGAGCUCUACGCUGGGUGCCGCCCCACAGACGGGAUUUUUUUUGGGGAGGAUGGGUGGGUGGG